UACUGCUUUACUCCCUCACAAAAAUCGAACCCCGCAACUGAUUUCCAUGGUAGCGCUGAUCCUUGUUGCAGAGAAACUUUUGGAUGUAAAUGUGGACAGUUCACACACCCUCACGUCUCCAGCCUCUCCUCUUCACCAAUCCAACUCGCUCGUCUUCUCACUCACACCGCACCACCGCCGCCGUCACUAGCCCCGCCGUCGGCGCUAACACCCACAACUCCUUGAUACAAUCUCUAUGCAAGAAAGGACAGCUGAAACAAGCCCUUCAAUUGCUCUCCAAGGAGCCCAAUCCGACGCAACGAACCUACGAGCUCCUCAUCCUAUCCUGCGCCGAUAAAAAAUCUGUACCGGACGCCCUAAAUGUUCACCGCGAGCUUAUCGACGAUGGUUUUGGCGAAGAUCCCUUUUUGGCGACUAAACUCAUAAAUAUGUACUCACAAUUGGACUGCAUCGAUGACGCACGCCAGGUGUUUGAUAAAAUUUGCGAUAGAACGAUAUAUGUCUGGAAUGCUCUCUUCCAGGCGUUAUCUUUGGCUGGUCAUGGCGAUGAGGUUUUGGGCUUAUAUAGACGGAUGAUUCAGGUUGGCAUCGCAUCUGAUAGGUUUACGUAUACAUAUGUGUUGAAGGCUUGUGUUGUUUCUGAGUCGCAGGUUUCUCUGCUUCAGAAUGGGAAAGAAAUUCAUGCUCAUAUUUUAAGACAUGGGUAUGACAAUGUUGUUCAUAUUAUGACUACCUUAGUUGAUAUGUAUGCGAGGUUUGGCUGUGUGGACUAUGCUAGCCGUGUGUUCCGUGAAAUGCCUGAUAAAAAUGUGGUUUCUUGGAGUGCUAUGAUCGCGUGUUAUGCUAGGAAUGGCAGACCUUAUGAUGCAUUGGAGCUUUUUCGAGAGAUGAUGAUGCUCGAGACUAGUGAUCUGUUGCCUAAUUCAGUAACGAUAGUGAGCGUGCUGCAAGCCUGUGGAGCGAUAGCUGCACUGGAGCAAGGGAAGUUAAUACAUGGAUAUAUACUUAGAAAAGGGCUUGAUACAAUUGUUCCGGUUACUAGUGCUCUUGUGACCAUGUAUGCGAGGUGUGGAAAUCUUGAUACGGGGCAAUGCGUUUUUGAUCAGAUGAGUAAGAGGGAUGUGGUUGCGUGGAAUUCCAUGAUUUCGAGCUAUGGGAUUCAUGGGCGUGGAGCCAAGGCUGUUGAAUUGUUUGAGGAGAUGGUUCGACGAGGAGUGUCCCCAACUCCGAUAUCAUUUGUUAGCGUUUUGGGAGCUUGUAGUCACGCAGGACUUGUUGAGGAGGGGAAGGCUUUGUUUGAAUCUAUGGUGAAGAAACAUGGGAUUUACCCUAGCGUGGAGCACUAUGCUUGUAUGGUUGAUCUUCUCGGGAGAGCCAACCGGCUGGAUGAAGCAGCUAGGAUCAUAGAAGACAUGCGAAUUGAACCGGGGCCUGAAGUUUGGGGCUCUCUUCUUGGAUCGUGUAGGAUUCAUUGCAAUGUGGAGCUUGCGGAGAGGGCAAGUCGAAGGCUUUUCGAGCUCGAGCCCAGGAAUGCAGGGAACUAUGUCCUUUUGGCCGAUAUUUAUGCCGAAGCUGGGAUGUGGGAGGAAGUAAAGAGAGUAAAGAAGCUUUUGGACUGUAGAGAGCUAGAAAAAGUUUCAGGUUGCAGCUGGAUUGAAGUCAGGAGAAGAGUUUAUUCUCUCACUUCAGUGGAGGAGUUUAACCCCCAAAUAGAGCAGAUUCAUGCAUUGCUGCUACAGUUAUCAGCAGAAAUGAAGGACUAUGGAUAUGUCCCUGAUGCGAAAAUCGUGCUGUAUGAUCUCGACAGGGAGGAGAAAGAACGCAUUUUGUUAGGUCACAGCGAGAAAUUGGCAGUUGGGUUUGGAUUGAUCAAUAGUGGCAAAGGUGAAACCAUCAGGAUUGCCAAGAACCUCAGGUUGUGUGAAGACUGUCACUCUUUCACAAAGUUUAUCUCCAAAUUUACUAACCGUGAAAUUUUAGUUAGAGAUAUCAACCGCUUUCAUCAUUUCAGGGACGGUGUUUGUUCCUGCGGGGAUUAUUGGUAAAUGCUAAUCAUUUCAAAAUUUAGAUGUACAGUUGUUACACAGUCAAAACUUAUCGAAUUAAGAUUAGACAUCA